AGAUAAUAGAUAACCUCAAUCCCUUUCUUAGACACUCAACUCAACAAGUAACCCCUUUUGCUCACAAUGCAUUUUACUAUCUUACCCUUGUCUUUUUGUCUCUUUUUCAUCUCUUUAAGACAAAAACAUAAACACACACUACUUAUUACUCAAACUCAAUUCUCGCUUUUUUCUCAUCACAAUCUCAUCCUUUUCUCUUUUUCCUUUUCACAAACACACUCACCAAACUCUUUCCUAAUUUUCUCAAUCCCCACAAGGAAAAAUAUCCAAAAUUAAUUAAAUUUCCCUUAAUCAACGCAACACUUUUAACACCCCCUCUCUAUUUAUCCACUCUUUCAAAGCUGAAAAAUUUCAUCUUUUUGUUGAAUUUGGAUUCAGAAUCGAAAUUGGCGAUCUGGGUAUGGCUAUAAUCAGGAAUAUAUUUGAAGAUAUGAGAUCGAGAUCUCAAAGGGCAGUUGCGGUUGAGAAAGAAGAGAAAGUGGCUGUUGGUGAUGGUUUAAGACAGAGUUGUUGGGCUAACAUGCCACAAGAACUUCUUCGUGAGGUUCUUGUCAGAAUUGAAGCAUCAGAGGACACGUGGCCACCUAGGAAAAACGUUGUUGCAUGUGCUGGAGUAUGUCGGAACUGGAGAGUUAUCACCAAAGAAAUCGUUAAAAAACCUGAAAUUUCUGCUAAGAUUACUUUCCCCAUUUCUGUUAAACAGCCUGGUCCAAGGGAGAAUCUCCUUCAAUGCUUUAUAAAGCGCAACCGGUCCACUCAAACGUACUAUUUGUAUCUCAGUUUAACUGGUUCGCUAGGUGAUGAUGGGAAGUUCCUUCUGGCUGCACGCAAAUGCAGACGUCCUACCUGCACUGAUUAUAUCAUCUCUCUAGAUGGAUAUGAUAUGUCAAGAGGAAGCAAUUCCUAUGUCGGGAAACUGAGAUCAAAUUUCCUUGGAACGAAGUUCACAGUCUAUGAUGGUCAGCCACCUCAUGCCGGGGCAAAGAUUGCAAAAAGUCACUCCACUAGGUUGGUGAAUCUAAAGCAGGUUUCACCCAAGGUCCCAACAGGAAACUAUCCAGUUGCUCACAUCUCAUAUGAAUUGAAUGUUCUAGGCUCUAGGGGCCCUAGGAGAAUGCACUGUGUAAUGGAUUCCAUUCCUUCCUCUUCAAUCGAACCAGGAGGGGUAGCUCCUACACAAACUGAGUUUUCUCUAAACAACAUAGAAAUGUUUCCCCUGUUUCCUUUUUUCCGAUCAAAAUCAAGUCGUGUGGUGGAGAACUCUCUAUCCGGACCCCUGGUUGGUGAUAAAAAAGAGGGCAUGCUUGUGUUGAAAAACAAGUCUCCAAGGUGGCAUGAGCAGCUGCAGUGUUGGUGCUUAAACUUUCAUGGACGUGUGACGGUUGCCUCGGUUAAAAACUUUCAGCUGGUUGCUUCUGCAGAAAAUGGAGCUGCUGGACCGGAACAUGAAAAGAUCAUCCUGCAAUUUGGAAAAGUUGGGAAGGAUUUGUUUACAAUGGAUUAUCGAUACCCUAUCUCGGCAUUUCAGGCAUUUGCAAUCUGCCUCAGCAGCUUUGAUACCAAGAUUGCUUGUGAAUAACAUGCUUAAACAGGUUCAAUCCAAGAUUUACAGUACCAUCUGAGAAAUAUGUAUGAAUGUAUGUAACUUUUGUGAGAAGAAAUCUGAUGAAAAGCAUCUAUGAAUGUGAUUGGAUGUUGAACUGAAAAUGUAAAAAGAGGGUGCUGCACAUAUGAGAAUGUUGUCGGUGUUAGUUUCUGAGAUCACAUGUGAAAUUGGAAUGUUACUUAUUCUCAUUGGUUUACAUUAUUGACCUUGUGAUGUACAUAAAUUCUUUCUCUCUCAUUUUUUAUUUUCUUUAA